GGGGCGACUUCUCCAGACUUUCCCAGUGUUCCGUCCUUCAGCGUUUGGACGUGCGCGGUUGCAGCUCGCUUUCUCCUCAUAGUUUCACUGGAGUUAAACUUUGGGCCGCCAGGAAUGUUCAGGUUAAAAUAAAUUCCAGGUUGGCUGUCGCGAAAUGAAGGUUAGGAUGUGCUGCGCUGGACUGCGGAAUCUUCUCCAGGGGCUGACCUUCAGUGCCAAGUACUACUCUAAGCAUAACCCUCCUCAAACAGUGUGUCCUUACAGUAAAAUUGGACCAAAAAAGCGCCACAUCCUGGGCUGUUCAAAAAGUACAUGCACCCACAGGACUGCACCACCUGGAAGCAUCCUGCCAUGCAGAUUCUUUUCCUGCAAGCAGGAAGGAACCAAAGUCCCUUCCAAAAGGAAGCAAAAUACAUCCAUAGACCUUUUGCACAAGAACCUUCUGAAAUCAGAGAAAAAAAACUGGAAUAACAUUUCACCAACAUACAAAGCUAUGACAAAGAGGAUCAAAGAAAAACUGGAAGAAUUGCACAACAUGUAUACACUCAAUUCAAGAAGCCCAAAGAUGAGGUUUGGAGAGAAUGUGUACUUUGAAGAGAAUGGCUGCAUAUUUCUUGCAAAAGCAGAUGAUGGUGAAGGAAAUGCUAAGAUUUUAUUCAAUGUUGAAGAUCUUGGCUUUUCUGAUGCCUUUAUUCAACGGAUCAGAAUUUCACCAGAUCAGAGAUACAUGGCCAUCAGCUUAAAAAGUGAAAAUUCUGAAGAGGCAACCUGCAUUGUUAUGAAACUUGGUAAUCUUCCUGUAGUGGAAAAAGUAAUUCCAAGUGUAUUUAGCUUUGAAUGGGCUGCAAAUGAUAUUCUGUAUUACACAACUCAGGAGAACCUUAAAUGCCAGAAUGUAUUCAUGACCACUUUCACUUACCAGAAACAUACUAAGUUAGUUUAUACAGAACAAGAUGCAAGAUUCUUUGUAGACCUUUAUUGCACAAAAGACAGGCAUUUUCUCACUAUCAACAGCAACAGCAAGACAACCUCAGAAGUUUGGCUGGUUGACUGCAGACGUCCCUUUGAGUCACCUGCUCUUGUACAAGCACGAACCACGGGGGUCAUGUACCACAUCGAGCACAGAAAGGAGCAGUUGUACAUUCUUACUACAUAUGGAGAACCUGCAGAAUAUAAGUUGAUGAAGGCACCAGUAGCUUCUAGUGGCAAGGAGAACUGGCAGUUAGUUUAUGCACUGGAAAAGAAAACCAAGCUAGUAGACUUUGAGAUGUUCAGUGAUGACUGUAUUAUGUUCCUGAAGAAUGCUGGUCAUCUUUACUUAAAUGUGAUUUCUUUUGUUUCACACUCUGUUCAGUUGAUAAAGCUACCUACGUGGGCCUGUGAAUUUGAAUUGGAAUCUCAUCCUGAACAUACCACCAGCACCUGCUAUUUUCAGCUCUCCUCCCCAGUACACCCCCCUAAGCGUUUUGCAUAUUCAUUUAAAGAAAAUAAUCUCAUUGAACAAGCUGUGCAAGAGGUACCAAUUAUUACGAAUUGUCACACUACACGUUUACUAGCUAAAAGCAAGGAUGAAACUUUGGUGCCAAUUACAGUUUUCCAUAAUAAGAAUUCUAAAGAACUACACAGGAGACCACUUCUAGUUCAUGUAUAUGGAGCUUAUGGCAUAGAUUUGAACAUGAGCUUUAAAGAAGAGAAGCUGAUGUUAAUUGAAGAGGGUUGGAUAUUAGCAUAUUGCCAUGUUAGGGGUGGAGGAGAGCAGGGCCUUAGCUGGCACAGAGAUGGAUGUCAGCAUAAUAAACUCAAAGGUCUCCAUGACCUCAGGGCUUGCAUCACGCUGCUGCACCAACUGGCAUUUUCUCAGCCCAAACACACAGCUCUGGCAGCUGCCAGUGCUGGGGGAGUUCUCGCAGGAGCCCUGUGCAACACAGAUCCAGAACUGAUCAGAGCCGUGGUUUUACAGGCUCCUUUCGUAGAUGUUCUAAAUACAAUGAUGAAAACUCAUCUCCCACUGACAACUGAGGAACAAGAAGAAUGGGGAAAUCCAUUAGAAGAUGAAAAAUGUAUGAAGUAUAUAAAAAACUAUUGCCCAUACCAGAAUAUUAAGCCACAGUGCUACCCAUCAGUUUUUAUCACGGCGUAUGAAAAUGACGAACGGGUACCACUAACAGGAAUUUUACAGUAUGUGCAGAAACUCAGGAAGGCUGCACUAGAUCAUGCCAGCAGAGCGAGUAAGAAAGGAAAUUGGAUUCCUAAUAUCAUCCUAGAUGUCCAGGCAAAUGGCAGUCAUUGUGAUUCAUCCUGGGAGCACUCACUGCAUGAGGUUGCAAGACACCUUGCUUUUCUGAACAGAGAACUUGAGGAAGUGUGCCAUCCCCAGCAUCACAGAAAAUCCUGCAAAUGACUCCUAAAAACACUGGCCACCUGAAAAACUUUGGGUCAGAUUUGGAUUUGUAUGGAAAGCAAACACCUUCUCCAAAGGAUCUCUCCUCUUGGAUCUCUGCAUUAAGGGCACAAGCACCACAAAGCUGGGUGUGGCAUUGCCUUAAAAAAAUACAGACCAGGAACUGGAUUUCUGCCCUGCCAGGCUGUGCAGAGGCAGGUGCCAGCAGAAGUGAGUUUGUCCAGCAGCUCUCUUUGCGCGAGCCAGCAGAGCAGCGCUGCACACGCAGAGCUGGAGCACGUAGAGCGUCACAGGAGAGCCACAGGCACUUGGCACAGGCAGCCUUCCUGUCCAAGGCAUCUCUUGCAAGGUACAUCUUACAACAGAACUCCUCUGAAGCAUCUGACAUUCAAAUCUCACUACUUCCAGAACCAAUUCCCAUAUGUAGGUGAUGGUGAUUGCUGCCCUCUCUAUCUGCGCAGCAGCCGUGGUGUACUGAUCAUGUGGUGGCACUGACCAAACCGCAGAGGAAAGCACGCUCAAGAAUGGGAGUUUGAGCAGAACUGUGAUCCGAAUCAAUUAAAAAUCUUGCCUACGUACCUUAGCUCUUGUUACCUUACCUAGCACGGUAAUCAUAAGAAGGAGGUGCCAAAUCCCUCAGGAGGACAAGAUCAAUGUGUCAGAAGAUGCCAGAGUAUCUCCAGGGGGUAAAAACAAAAAGAAUGCCCCCACUAAAGCAGCCUUAUUCAUAGCUUAGCUGCCCUCUGAGCAAGGCACAAAUCUGCUGUGCAUUGCUUGUUAAAAGAGAUGUGUGGUGCACACCUAGGGCCACAUCAACCACUGCAGGUGCAGCAAAUGCAAAUCAGAGCACGUGUACAAGUGUGACAUUCAGUAGGGUUGGUUCAGCUCCUUCCUCUGAACUAAAGUACACAGCCCUCACCUCAGCUUAGGGCAGGAAAAGAAGUAAGAGAAGGCAAACAUAUUCUAACUCAGCAGGGAGGGGGAGAAUCAACUGGAAAUGCAAUAAUGAGUGUGGAACUAGAUAUUAGCUACAGUUUGUUCUUUUUCUUACUAACUCUGAGGAUAAUCAGAGUUAUUAGAUUUGAGAUAAGAGGUGAGACAUCACAACAAUAUACACUAGUCCUGCUUGUGUUCACCUGUUUUAGAAAAUAUAGGGCCACCCCUUUGGAACAAUUUUUAUAAAACUGCAGACUUCUAAAAAGCUACAGUGAACUGCCACAGGCUUGGGAUUCCACAGGAGCACUUACAGACCAGCAGCCUCCAGGGUCAGCACCCAGAAAGCAACUGUUUCCUUCUCCUCCCAGAAAUACAUACUUAAACAGGACAGUUUUCAGAACAGGUUUACUUUUCUUCUCCACAGAUCCCAAGGGGGAGUUUAUACUAUUCUUUUUCCUUUUCAUCACAAAUACAGAUACAAGACAAUUAUGUAUGUGAUCUUUCAGGACAUUUAUUUUGUACACAAAUAACAUUUUAAAAGCUGAACAAAAUUGAGUAUUUUUAGCAUU